GAGAGGAGGUAGAGUGCAAGAUGGUGGCCACCAGGAGAGGAGGACGCGAGAAUGCUCCGGACCAAACAGAUUCAGAGCGGCAGCAGUCCUCCGACGUCCCGGCCACUCCUUCCACUGAUCGGAGAACAAGAAGCGCUGUUAAACCUCCAACAUCUCCGCCAAUGUCCUUGUUAAAAAGAUGCACCAGAGCCUCCAGACUCCACAGUCCAGAGCAGUCAUGCACACCAGUGGGCUCAGUCCAUGAAGCGGACGUGUCAGACUUGGAGUCCUGCUGCUCUGUGUUGUCUGACGUCGAGCCAUCUGCAACACGCACAAGAAGUAGGAGAAGACUGCCCCGUGCAGUUGUUCAGGGAGAUGAGGAAAUAUCUGAGGUGGAGUCAUGCUCCUCCGCAGUGUCUGCAUCGAAAGCUGGCCAAAUUACUCGCCGGACAAGCACAAGGAGAAAAAAGGCUCCCGAAUGUGUUGAGGGGGAAAAAGUCAAAGUUGACCAGGUUUUGGAGAGCGACUCCUGCAGUUCUGUGUUGUCCAAAUCCAAGAGAGUCACCAAAAGCCAGAGAAAAGGUGCUCAAACUGAGGACACAGAGGUCUCAGAUGCUGAAAGCUGCAUAUCAAGUGUUUCAGGAGCUGAAGGGUCUCAGUCCACUGCUCGCAGAGGCAGAAGUUCUAGAAAGUCAAUACAUCACAUCCCCUUAAACCUAGAUGAGGCCUCAGAACUCUCUAAUUCCCCUGCCCCAAGAAGUCGACCAACCAGGGCUGUAAGAAAAAAAGCACAAGCCGUUGAAGCUGUAAAUGAGACCCUGUCACCUGACUCUGAAGGGUUUGAGUCAGGGCCCACUUACAGUAUAGCCACUCGUAGACGGGCCAAGUCCCAAUCCACAGGUCCUAUAGCCGUGGACUCUGACUUGGAUUUGACGGACAGAGGAACUCCCUGCAGCAGCCGCACAGGCUCAGGAAACAGCAGUUAUCGUUCUCAGGUAACCAGACGCUCAGUCAAAAAUCUUCGUGUUGUUCUAGAGAAAGCAAUAGAGCCGAUUAAAGAGGACAGUUCAUUAAAUGACUCCAGGUUAGAAAGCACAGUGAUCUCUGAAGAUGCAGACUGUACACUGGUAGAGGAAUGUGAGAGCCAAACUUUAGAAGAAAAAGACGACAUCAGGAAGACUGAGGGAGAUGCAGAAAAUAUAGAAAAGGGAGAAGAAGUUGUUAUUGAGCCUGCAGUGAUGGCCAUAGACCAGCAGGAGGAGCUGUCUGCUGAAAAUAAAGAUGGAGAUACCACAGAGGUGGAAAUGAUGCAGGAAAUGAUCCAGUCAUCAGAGCCGGUAAAGGCUUGCCAGUCAGUCCUAGUAACAUGUGAGAAGGCCUCUGGAAUCACUGAAGAGCAGGGUCAAACCAUGGAUGUAUCUGAUGUGGAAGCUCCCUCAUCACAAGGAGAUGAAUCUGUAGACGCAGUUGUAGAGGCCCAGUCCAGUCUGGAUGAGAAAAUGGAAGUUGGCACGCUGAACACCGAUGCUCAGCAGGUGGUUGAGACCAGUGAAGAACAAGUCGAAUCAUUAGACGCAGUUGUGGAGGCCCAGUCCAGUGUGGAUGAGAAAAUGGUAGUUGGCACGCUGAACACCGAUGCUCAGCAAGUGGUUGAGACCAGUGAAGAACAAGUCGAGUCCAUUCAGGUAACGUCUCACCAGGAGCACAAGAUCACAGUGGACUCUGACUCUGACCACAAACCCCCGGAUGUCGUCGUACAAAAAGCAAAGGUUAUCAGCCUGUUGGACAGCAGUGAUGAUGAAGAUAACGAUGCUGAAGAGGAGAAGGAAGUUUCUGGAGACGAUGAGAAGGAGGAGGAGGAGGAGGACUUGGAGUACAAGAGAGGAGAAUCCUCCAAGAUGUCCGAAACGGCUGCAUCAUCAGUUGAAGGACUGUUUAUGAUUGACACACGGCCCGGUGAAGAGGCUGAUGAACUUUACUACAAGGAAAGAGGAGAAGCCGAAACAAAGGAAGCUGAACAGGAGGAGCAGGAUGAGGAAUUUGUGGAUGAGGAGGGUGACGAUGAUGAUGAUGAUGCAGGACUCCUCUUCUCAAAUCAAAAUCUGAAGGCAAUGUCGACCCGCAUUGACCCAGGCAUCAGAAUGAAGGAGCUUGGGGGUUUAUACAUCAAUUUUGGUGACAGAAAAUCAAAACCUGUCUCCACUUCGCUGCAGAAAGUAAAGGAAACGAAGAUCCAAGAUGAGGUGAUGAAGAAAAGUGUGAUUGGACCGGACUUUGAAAAGAAGGAGGCGGUGCCUCCAUACAGUGAAUCCAAACACGCCGUAAAACUGAAGAACAGAGUUGAGAGGCAGAAAACAACAGGAGAUGCUUGGUUUAACAUGAAAGCCCCUGAGAUCACUCAGGAGCUGAAAGGAGACCUCAGAGUCCUGAAGAUGAGGAGCUCCAUGGACCCCAAAAGGUUCUACAAGAAGAACGACAGAGACGGAUUCCCCAAGUAUUUUCAGGUUGGUACUGUGGUGGACAGUCCAGUCGACUUUUAUCAUUCCCGUGUUCCCAAGAAAGAGAGGAAGAGGACAAUGGUGGAGGAGCUGCUGGCUGACGCUGAGUUUAGACAGACAAAUAAGAGGAAAUACCAGCAAGCUGUGACAGAGAAAGCAUCGCAGGCAGCUGGCAAGCGGAACAAGAAGAAGAAUAAAUUCCAUAAGAAGUGAAUCUGAAGACUUUGCAUGGAUUUUUUUAUAGACACUGGCAUUAAUUCCAGCUCUGUAGCUUGGUUGUGAUUGGAGCAUCAACUGCAUUUUGGAACUUCAAUACAGUGUAAUUGUCAAUCAAUCCUUUUCAUUAACCUUCACCAUUAAACACGGGCUGAGGUUUUGUCCAUAUGAACAAACUAUUUAAAAAAAGAUGAUGCAAGUCCAGUGGACUUGGUGGUGUUUUUCUUUAUAUCACAUUUUGUACAGUUAAAUGUGAUUAAUUUUUAAUCAAAUUUACCUACUAUAUCCAAACAUUUUACUGUGCUGUAAUCAUUGAUGUUUAAAAACUUCAUGCAUCUAACAUUAAAACAUUUAGUUUUGCCUGGCAACAA